UCCAGAAACACCUUCAGAGCACAGCAGAGGCUGGAGGACUCCAUUUUGAAGGGACCGGGUGUGCAGCCAGAGACUACACAGCAACUCGUCUCAGGAAAGGAAACCCUUCUGUUUUUCCGGGGAGGAAUCAUGCCAGCAUGAGUGGGCCUUACACAGGCCCUGGAAGGGAGACUCAUCAGUCCAGCUGCCCUUUGACCCCUGGCCGUGACCUCACCGCCCACACCUGCCCCUCCAGACUGCAGGGUCACAGGCUUGGUCUAACCAUGUCUGCGGCCACCUCCUCGCUCAAGCAUGCAUCCUCUGUCUAUGGGUUCACCAUGCAAAGGGACCACUCUUCCUCCUUGUCGUCCUCCUCUUCAUCCUCAUACAGUCCUCUCAGGAGGCUGCAGCAUCUCACCACUAUGGUGAGCCAGCCUGACCUGGUCCUGCCACUGCAGGAGCCAGGGAGGAGCUGGGAGUGGGGGACACGUAAGAAGGACAGGGGGAAGAUGGAGAGGGACUCCUGGGCGGAUUGUGCUAGCAGAGAUUACUCUGGCACCCAGGUUACAAGCCAAGAGGAAAGCCUUGUUAACUCUGCUUCUAAACAGAAACAACCAGAAGUCCAGACGGGAAGUAGAGACACGCCGGCAGCCAAUCAUAGUGAAGCUGUUGCUUCGGAGAAAAAGACAGAAGGUUGUUUCUCAGGCCCAACCAGCCCGGCCUUCUCCCUCAACAGCAACAGCCCCUUUGCAAAUGACUUACUCCACUUUGAAUCCUCUUUGUUUGAGGAUGACGACAAUGAUGUAGAGCGCAGGACCGCAUCACCUGUCGGUGGCGUGCAGGACAAGCGGGAGAAGGUGGGGAAUGUACAUCAGUCCACUUCCGGUGGUGUAAACUUGCACCACAAAGACUCUUCUCUGCCGACAGCCAAAGUCGUCACCCGCUCCCAGUCCUCCGGUCAGCGCAGGAGAUACUGGGACGGCUCAGAGGACGAGUGGGACAGCGACACAGAGUUGCUGCUGUUUGAGGACAGUCCCUCAAGGCAUUCAAUGCAGCAGAACAGCCUCAAGAAAAAGUCUUUGGCACCUGUGAAGUUUGUUGAGGGAGAAGUCGUUUGGGCGAAGUUCAACCGAAGACCGUGGUGGCCCUGUGAGGUGUUUGCUGACCCUGAACAAGGAGUCUAUCACAGACUGAAAGAGCCCAGCGACCGACCCUGUCGACUCUACCAUGUCAGGACCUUUGGGGAGCCCCAGGAGCUGGUUUGGGUGGAGGACAAAUCAACUCACACUUUCCAUGGAGGCUUUGAAUUUGAACAGCUCCUCCUACUACGGCGGAGGGGGAAGCAAAGGGAGCAGAACAGCAAAUACACUAUUGCUAAGCGGUUUAAGGAGUCCUGGAAGUCCAGUGUGGCACAAGCUGAAUCUGUUCUUCCAGAGAGACCAAAAAUGGCGUCCUCUGUGUCUGUGUCGUCCAUAGACGAUGCCUUCCAUAAUGAUUCCCCUCUGGACAGAGCGAACAAGACCCAUCAAAGCUUUCCUCCUGUCACUUUGCCUGUCUCCGCCCUUCCUGAGACACCGCACAUCACCAAUGGAUCCAUUUCAUCCACAGUAAUUUCAUCCCCACUUACAACAACAACAAAGCCAAGCACUUUAAAGAAAUCUUCUGGCAAGAAGAAACAGAAUGAUGUAUCAAAGGAUACAAGAAGUAAACACUCUAAAAAGGUGUCGCAUAAUAGCCCUGACCAAUCAGAUAGAGACACUGAAGAGUGCCCGUACGCUGACCUCGACUCAGUUCCUAAAAUUUUGUGUCCUAAAGCACUCGAACGUCAGCCUAAGCUAGUUCCGACUCAGCCGUCUGUUGUGGUUGUGAAAGAGGUAAAGAAGCAGCCUGAGAUUCAAAGCGGUCUUUGGUUUAGCAAAUCAAGCAAAGACAGGCGACCUAAAACAACCAGUCCAAUACCAGACCGCACUCUCUUCAGUAAGGUGCCCUGUAAGAAAAAGAACUCCUCUGUUGUUAGUAAAAAGACUCCAGCUUCUUGUGCCUCCUCCUCCAUCAGCGCUGGGGCCAGUGAGCAGUUGGGUUUGUCGGACAAACAGAAGCCCACUGAAGCUAAUCUGCCUCCUGAACGGUCAGGAAAUCUGAAGUGUAAAAACACUGCUGCUGCAUAUAGGCACUUUGGAAAGGCUGGCGGCCCUGGUGACCAGAAGUCUCCAGUCUCUGAGAGUAAUGGUUCAUCAAAGGGUAGACAGUCAGUUGCCAGUUCAGGGGAUACAGACAACACUGGCACAUCUGGCCAGUUUAGUGGCUUAGACAUUAAAAGGCCCUCAGAGCCCAGCGUGAAAGGUAGUUUCAGUGAUCAAUCCAGGUUUUCAGAGAGUGUGAAGAGUGUCAGUCAAACUGAACAUUCUGACAUGACAGCUACUAAAAAAAAAUAUAUAACUGAGAAGAUUGAUGACCAGGAAAAAGAGAGCAAAAAGGCUUCAGCAUCCUGUUUACAAGCUGAAACUACAGACUCAUUAGGAUGGCUCGAAACUCAAACAAGUCUGGUCUCUAAGUGUAAGCUACCCUUUGUCAAAUUAAUACGCAAGGAAAUAAAGGAUAAGAAGACCCUUAACUCCAAUGCCGCUAUUCAUCCCAAAGACCAACCUGGAAGCACAAAGAAAGAGAAAACACCGGAUAUGAAGGUGUCUAAAAUGUCCUCUAAACGAUCAAACUGCAUGGAUGGUCGGGGACGAGCCCCAAAACACAAGGCAGUCACCUCCAAGUCCAUAAAGGUCUCGGUUAAGAAUUUGAAAGCAAGCAGCAAGUCUGGUAUGGUCAAUCUCUCAUCAGAAUCAUCACAUGAGAAUAACAACUUGACCUCAGAUGUGUCCACUGAGGAGUCAGGUAGGCCAGAAACAGAGAGGAUACCAGUUUCAAAUGGAAGCCUGAGUAAUGUGGUUUACUCAUCCUCUAACCAGUCGGAUCCCUGUGAAGUUAAGAAGACUCGUGACUCUAAUGUAACAAACAAGUCGUCUGAGCAGUUGGCCAGCUCAGACCAAAAAACCACACCUGUUACAGCACAUAGCAUGACAGCUUCACCUGCUCACCUGAAUGUAAACUCUGUGUGUAGGAAUGCUCUUGUUCCAGAAGGUCCUUCUUCUGAGAAGACCAAGAAAAUGGCCCACAAAUCAAAGCAGGUCCCAGAUGAUGUGAAUAAAGUCACACAUGAGCAGCCUGCCCACCUCCCAGCCAGCAGUCGGCUGAUGACUAGAGCACUGAAGGCCAUGAAGGAGGCCGAGGAUAAAAAACGUAAAAAAGCCAGAAAGGAGGCUGAACAAAAACAACCCUUGAAUCCUUUCAGAAAAGCUGAGGACAAAAAGUGGAGUCCCGUGGCCAAAUUGGACUUUUGCACUAAAAAAAAAUCUCCAAAGUCACAUUAUAAUGACAGUGGUGAGUAUGAGCCAGACACUUUAUCUAGCUGUAGCAGCCCCCCUUUGAUUUUUUCUGAUUCAAAUGACUGUGAGACUGAUGUUAAGAGUGAAGAUGAAGACCUCUCAAUUUCCUCAACUCCACCAAUGGACUUUAUACCCCUUACUUCUAGAGCAAAGGCAAAGAGAGAGAAUAGCCCCUCAGACAUAUGGUCAUCACAUUCACCUUCUUCACCGUUUUCUUUUAUGAAUGCCUUUAAGAAUGUCGAGGAGGUCUCUUUUCAGUCCCUGACAAAUGAAAGUGACGGGAAACCCAUUUCUUUCAAGCCAGACACCAACUACAAGUUCAGCACUUUUCUCAUGAUGCUGAAGGAUUUGCAUGACACUAGAGAGCGAGACGGUGCACCCUUAGAACUAGAGAUUGGGCCACCAAGUGCACAUGUCAAGGAAGAACCCUUAGUGAUGCCAGGAGAAGCUACACCUGCAGGACAAGAUCAACAGUUAGAAUAUGUUCAUAGCAUCUCCAACUCACGUCCAGAUAAAACUAUAGUUGCACACAAUGAUGGUCGAUAUCAGAUGUCCAAGAGGCCCUAUAACCGAAGGGGUAGCUCAUCCAGGUGGAAAAAGAAAGCCAAUCGCAAAGUGCCUUGUCGUCCUGCCAGGUCUGGGCCUGGUUUCCCAGGACUUGAGUCAGUAAUGACAUCCAUGCCAGCAAAGGGCUCUUUGUCAAGAGAGAAUUGCUCAUCAAAAGUGCCGGACAUACAGCAGCAGGCUGGAGGUGGUGAAGGAGCAGCUGAGGUGGCACAGGAGGAGAGUUGGGGCAGAGUAAAAGAGAAUCUACAGAUCAUGGUGCCUUUGGAGCAGAAGGGGUGUGACACUAAGCUGUCUUUGGAACACCCAAAUGGACUUGUAGACUGCACUAAGACUAAAACAAGCUUGACGCACAACACUGGAGAAGGUGACAAAGAUCCAACAGUGCAUAAACGAAUAAGAAAACCAAGCAAGAGGCUGAUUGAAUGGACUGAAGAAUACGACCAGAUUUUCUCCGUGCGGAAGAAAACCAAAAAGCCUCUCCACUGGAUUGGAAAGGCCUCUCAACCCAUUUCCUCCAUCUCUCAACCCUCGCACUCAUACAAGAGCGCGCACGACCGCCCAUCUUUGAACUUACUUCCCGAAAUACAGACGCCUCCUCCUGAGGAAAUCACUGCAGCGACGCCCUCUGAACUACAAAUUCCCUGCACUGAAAACACAUCUUCACCAGAUGCACCGGUGCUUUCCAUCGACACGUUAACCCCUCCUCCUGAAGCAGAGCCUUCGCUGCCAGAAAGCAUCGUCAGAGAAAGUGGAAGCGCUCCCGUGCUGGAGAAGAAGCGGAAAAGAAAACCCACUCAGAAGAUCCUGGAGUACUGCCUGGAGGCCGAGGCAUCAACGGGCCCCAAGAAGAAGGUCAAAGCACUGAAGACUAAUCAACCUCCCACUCCUCAAUCUGACUGCGCAGCACCGCUUCUAAAAUCAAAGAGUAAGCCACUUCCAGCAUCUGCCUCCACACCGACGCCAGCCUCUGAGCUCUGGGUGCCCACACCCUUGGUUCAGACAAGUCACAGCACUCCUGCGCCCUCCACUCCAGCGCAGGUCCCACCAGAACCCGUACAGGAGGACACGGCACCAGCUGAUGUUGAUGUUCCUCAACCGGACGAUGGUAAAGCUGAGGAGCUCAAAAAGGAUGGAGCAGAGGAGUCAGAGGGUGAACCGUCCAGCCUGGACCACAGUUUCUCCUCCAUGAAGGACGACCUGUCGCUGUGUGACGACUCGCUUUUACCCAUGAGGAAGAUCAUAGGGGACCGAGGGGGGCCGGCCUCCAUGAAGGAGAACAUAUGUCAGGUGUGUGAGAAGACCGGGGAGCUGCUGCUCUGUGAGGGUCAGUGUUGUGGAGCUUUCCACCUGCCCUGCAUUUCUCUGGCUGAGGCACCAAAGGGGAAGUUUGUCUGUCCUGAGUGCAAAUCAGGUAUCCACACCUGCUUUGUGUGUAAAAAGCGCAGUGAGGAUGUGCGACGCUGCAUGAUCCCUGUGUGCGGCAAGUUUUACCACGGCGAGUGCAUCGCCAACUACGCCCCCACCGUACCUGUGAACAGAGGUUUCCGCUGCGCCAUCCACGUUUGUCUCACCUGCUUCAUCGCUAAUCCCAACAGCUCCAACAUCUGUAAAGGUCGUCUGGUGCGGUGUGUGCGCUGCCCGGUGGCCUAUCACGCUACAGACCUCUGCAUGGCAGCGGGCACCGUUGUGCUCUCCAACAACAGCAUUGUCUGUCCCAAUCACUUCACCCCCCGACGUGGCGUCAAGAAUCAUGAACACGUCAACGUCAGCUGGUGCUUCGUCUGCACUGAAGGGGGCAGCCUGCUGUGCUGUGAGUCCUGCCCCGCUGCAUUUCAUCGGGAGUGUCUGAACAUCGAGAUGCCUAAAGGCAGCUGGUACUGCAACGACUGCAAGGCCGGGAAGAAGCCUCGCUACAAAGACAUCGUGUGGGUGAAGGUUGGACGCUACAGGUGGUGGCCGGCAGAGGUCAGCCAUCCCAAAACAAUCCCAGAGAACAUCCAGCGAAUGAGGCAUGAUGUCGGCGAGUUCCCCGUUCACUUCUUCGGCUCCAAUGACUACCUGUGGACCUACCAGGCCAGAGUCUUCCCUUACAUGGACGUGGACGCCAACAGCAAAGAAAAGAUGGGCAAAGGUGUCGAUGCAACCUACAAGAAAGCUUUGGAGGAGGCAGCCGUGCGGUUCCGUGAGCUGCAGGCGGAGAAGGAGCUUCGGCAGCUUCAGGAGGACAGGAAGAACGACAGGAAGCCGCCUCCAUACAAGCAUAUUAAGGUUAAUCGACCAAUAGGAAAGGUUCAGAUCUUCACGGCCGACCUGUCAGAGAUCCCGCGCUGUAACUGCAAGGCGACGGACGAGAGUCCGUGUGGGAUGGACUCCGAGUGCAUCAACCGUAUGCUGCUGUACGAAUGCCACCCACAGGUUUGCCCGGCGGGUGACCGGUGCCUGAACCAGGCGUUCACCAAGCGUCAGUACAGCCAAGUAGAGAUCUUUAGGACGCUGUCUCGAGGCUGGGGGCUCCGCUGUGUCCACGACAUUAAGAAGGGUCAGUUUGUGAGCGAGUACGUCGGGGAGGUGAUUGAUGAGGAGGAGUGCAGGUCGAGGAUCAGACACGCUCAGGACAACAACAUCUGUAACUUCUACAUGUUAACUCUAGACAAGGAUCGGAUCAUUGAUGCUGGGCCAAAGGGGAAUGAGGCGCGCUUCAUGAACCACAGCUGUCAGCCAAACUGUGAGACACAGAAGUGGACGGUGAAUGGUGACACCCGGGUGGGACUGUUCGCUCUCAUCGAUAUUGCCGCAGGCACAGAGCUCACCUUCAACUACAAUCUGGAGUGUUUGGGUAACAGGAAGACGGUCUGUAAAUGUGGCGCACCAAACUGCAGUGGCUUUUUAGGCCUCAGGCCAAAGAACAACCCUCCACCUGAUGACAAAGAUCGCAAGCUGAAGAGGAGAGGUCAUGGAAAGAAGAAGAAAAAGGUGGUGUUGACCAAAGAAAGAGAGGACGAGUGUUUCAGCUGUGGGGAUGGAGGACAGAUGGUGUCAUGUAAAAAACCUGGAUGUCCCAAAGUUUACCAUGCAGACUGCUUAAACCUCACCAAGAGGCCUGCAGGUCGGUGGGAAUGUCCGUGGCACCAGUGUGACAUAUGCGGAAAGGAGGCAGCGUCCUUCUGCGAAAUGUGCCCCAGUUCCUACUGCUGUCAGCACCGUGAUGGCCUGCUCUUCAUCUCCAAACUGGACGGCAAGUUGUGCUGCAGCGAACACGACCCGUGUGGGCCGGAGCCGCUAGAACCCGGGGAGAUCCGAGAAUACACACCUGAACCCAGUGCCCUCACCUCAGGGCUGGGUAUGGCCGUCAUUCCCCCCGCUGCCACUAACACUACCUGCAACCUGAACCCAACUGUCAGGAGGGUCCAAGAGAUCAACACUGGCGCCGGCAUGUGUGCUUCAGAGUCCUUUCCUGCUUUUUCCAUCCCGGUACCUAUCACAAUUCCUGUCGCAGCUCCUGCAACAUCACCUCCUCCAUCACCUCCUCCCAGCAGUUCUGAUGCACCCAGCAGCCCACACGUGUUCGACCUCCCCCACUACUCGCCCAUCUCCUCAUACGAGGAGGAGCGGGAUGUCUUAGAGGAAGACGUGCUCCCUGAAGAAGAGGACGAGGAGUUAGUGGAAGAGGGUGACAUAGAGAGGCAUAAAUCAGACAGUAGUGAAGAGGAUGGAGAGACAGUAAUGGAGGAGGAGGGGGUGGAAUACCUGGAGCUCAAAGAGGAGGAGGAGGAAGAGGAAGAGUAGUGAUGCACAGAGGAGUACUAUUUACAAAGAGAACAGAGUCACUACAGCAUGGAAGCACAUGGAGGUUAAUCAGUUACAGUGUGUCACUGUUCAGUAUUCCGUUCGGAUGUAUGGAGCGUUUUACAAGAAAACUACAUUCAAAAAACAAAUUGUAAAGUUUAGAAAUAAAUAAUAUCAUUUAUGUAUACACUGACAUAUCCAACAAAUCCACAGUUUAUUUAUGCUUGCAUUCUAUGUAGUUUUAUCCUGGUAAUCACUCCCUACCUCCUUCCACACCUGCUACAAGUGCACAGAAAUAAUGUGGAACUGAGACAUUAAACUUGAGUCCUGUAAA